GCACUGCCACAGCGGGGCUGGCACUGCGGCUGCUGUCGUCCGCUCUGGCUCGCCCAACGCCAUCCCCAACCUCAUCCCGCACCCACCGCCCGAGGGCACGGCUCUCGGGAGCAGCCGUGUCCCCAGCAUGGUGCUGAAGGCUUUCUUUCCCACGUGCUGUGCCUCAGCAGACAGCGGCCUGCUGGUUGGACGCUGGGUCCCCGAGCAGAACAGUGCUGUGGUCCUGGCCGUGGUGCACUUUCCCUUCAUCCCCAUCCAGGUCAAGGAGCUCUUGGCCCAGGUGCAGCAGGCCAGCGGAGUAGGUGUGGCUGUGCUGGGCACCUGGUGCCACCGUCGGCAGGAGCCCGAGGAGAGCCUGGGCCAUUUUUUGGAGGGCCUGGGCGCCAUCUUCUCCCACGAGCCCUGGCUCCAGCUGUGCCGGGAGCGGGGCAGCAAGUUCUGGAGCUGCAAGGCCACCCACCGGCAGGUGCCUACCUCCCCUAGUGCCCCCGGCGAAGACCAAGUCAUGCUCAUCUUCUAUGAUCAGCGCAAGGUGCUGCUGUCCCAGCUGCACCCGCCCACAGCCCUGCCUGACCACCAGGCCGGGGAUGCCACGGCCAGCACUAGGGGCCUGGCUGCUGUCUUCGACACAGUGGCACGAAGCGAGGCACUCUUCCGAAGUGACCGGUUUGAUGAGGGCCUCGUGCGGCUGAGCCACUGGCAGUCAGAGGGAGUGGAGGCCAGCAUUCUCGUGGAGCUGGCCAAGCAGGCCUCGGGGCCCGUCUGCCUGCUGAUGGCAUACCUGCUGUCAUUCAUCUCAGCUGCCAGCACCUGUCGGGUAUUCAAGCUGUGGCCACUGUCCUUCAUCUGCAGCAAGCUCUCCACGUGUGAGCAGCUCAGGCAUCGGCUGGAGCAGCUCACGUUCAUCUUCAGCACCCAGAAGGCCGAGAAUGCCUCCCAGCUGAUGAGGAAAGCCAACAUGCUUGUCUCCGUGCUCCUUGACGUGGCCCUAGGCCUCGCGCUGUUGUCCUGGCUCCAUGGGGAGGACCGCAUUGGGCAGCUGGCCGAUGCCCUUGUUCCCGUGGCUGAUUGGGUGGCCGAGGAGCUGCAGCACCUGCUGCAGUGGCUGAUGGGCGCACCUGCUGGGCUCAAGAUGAACCGGGCACUGGACCAGGUGCUGGGCCGCUUCUUCCUGUACCACAUCCACCUAUGGAUCAGCUACAUCCACCUCAUGUCCCCAUUCAUCGAGCGAAUCCUGUGGCACAUGGGCCUCUCAGCCUGCCUGGGCCUGACAGUUGCCCUGUCCAUCCUGUCGGACAUCAUCGCCCUCCUCACCUUCCACAUCUACUGCUUCUAUGUCUAUGGUGCCAGGCUGUACUGCCUGAAGAUCUGUGGCCUUUCCUCACUCUGGCGCCUGUUCCGAGGGAAGAAGUGGAAUGUUCUGCGCCAGCGGGUGGACUCCUGCUCCUAUGACCUGGACCAGCUGUUCAUUGGGACUUUGCUGUUCACCAUCCUGGUCUUCCUGCUCCCCACCACGGCCCUGUACUACCUGGUGUUCACCCUGCUCCGGCUCCUGGUGGUCACUGUGCAGGGUCUGAUUCAUCUGCUCGUGGACCUUAUCAACUCCCUGCCGCUGUAUGCGCUCGGCCUGCGGCUCUGCCGGCCCUACAGACUCUCAGCUGGCGUGAAGUUUCAAGUCCUGGAGCAUGAGGUUGGCAGACCCCUCCGCCUUCUGAUGCAGAUCAACCCCCUGCCCUACAAUCGUGUGGUACACACCUACCGCCUCCCCAGCUGUGGCUGCCACCCCAAACACUCCUGGGGUUCCUUGUGCCGCAAGCUGUUCUUCGGGGAGCUCAUCUACCCCUGGAGGCAGAGAGGGGACAAGCAGGACUGAGGUACCCGGCCACCAGCCUGCCCAGCACCGUUGCGCGACAUGGUCAGCCCUCAACCCUGCCAGGGUGGUGUUGACUGUCAGGUAGCAUGUGGCCCUGCACUCUACCCUCCCUGCCCGCUGUUCACCUGGGACCUCUGCAGGCCCCACCGGGCCUUGCCUGUCACAUAUCCUCCCAACUAUGAGGUUGAAUUUGAGGUCAUAGGGGUGGCCAGCCUGGUCAGCUGGCCUGUGCUCCAAAAUGAGCUCUGUUUGCCUCAGGACGCACUUCCAAUCUGUUGUGAUGGCACUGUUAGCCCAAUGCCCUUCGCCCCCCAGGUCUACCCAGGAGCCCCACCCCCCUGACUCUCCUCAGACCCAGACCCUGUCCAGGAAGGAUUUGCAGAGUCCCGCCUCUGCCCACCAUUUCCUUUCUCAGUGGGGUGAGCUGACAGGUCUGGCUGCUCCCUGGUGGUCCAGCUCUGGCCUGGGUGGAGGGACUCCCCCAGGUUGCACUCAACACUUCCUGAGACUUUGACCCCCCCAAGCAUCUCCUUCCUUGGAGUGGCCAGUAUGGGGGAUCCAAGCAAGCACUCCUGGCCCAAACCAACAGCCCCAAUGAGGCAGGACCCCCUAGGAAGCUGGAUGGCAAUGCUCCCCAUGCUCUAAAUUGCACAGUGUUACUUGUGAUGCUCCCUGGGGAGAUUGCUUUGCAGGAGGAGCCAACCACAUGCCUUCGAGAAUCCCUGUGUGAAGCCAGGCCAUAUGGGGUGCUCUGAGCUGCCUUGCUAGAAGCUGAGUGCCCACCCACCCAGUGCCCUGUUCCUGCCACAUGCCUGCCCUGUGUCCCUGCAGGAACAGCCCCUUUGGCCAAAUCUUCCAUCUCCCCUCACUGGCUUCUUGCAGAAGCAGGCAGCUUCUGGGCAGAUGCUUCUAUAGCCCCUGGGGAGGGGUCCUGGCACUCAGGCUGCAUCUGCCUGCCAGCUGGCUACAGAAUCUGUGUGGGUGUGAGCCACAAAUCCCCAGAGUGAGGAAACCUGGAGAUACGGCAUUACACGUGUGCCAUAGUCAGGGGGUAGGGGUGGGGGCAGUACUUCCUGUCCAUUGUGGACACUCAGAACUGUCCACUUCUGCCACCCACACUCCUUGGGUACCGAUCACAGUGGGGGCCCCUAUGGAAGUCCUCACCAGCCCAGCAUCUGCUGGGAUAGAUCCUGGCUCAGUCUUUCUCUGAUGUGACAUUAAAGAUUCAUGUGUUUGAGUGUGA